AUGAAGGCUCUUAUCGUAUUAGCAGUUUGCGUGGCGUCUGCUUUCGCAGGCUACCAGAAGGAUCUAUGGCUUGAAAAAAAUCGCGUUCGACCAGUUGGCCUGGAAGGAUUCGUCGAGUCGAAUUACACGGGAAUGAUUGUGGGAGGAACUGAAGUCAAUAUUGCCGAUUUUCCCUACCAGCUUUCUCUGCGCUCAAAUGAUAAUCACAUUUGUGGUGCUUCCAUCAUCGCCAGUAAUUGGGCACUGUCCGCUGCUCACUGUACCUAUCCAAUGCCGUCCCUUAGCUCGAUUACACUGCGUGGAGGAAGCUCAAGUCGAACUACCGGAGGAAUCAUUUUCCAGGCCGCACAGAUCGUGAACCAUCCGUCGUACAACCCAAGCACGAUUGAUAGCGAUGUUUGCGUUAUUCGCAUUACUACGUCCUUUGUUGGAACCCACAUCUCUCCGAUCACAAUUGUACCAAUGGGAACUAGCUUUGCGGCUGGAACCCGCAGUGUAGUAUCCGGAUGGGGUCUAACCGCUCCUGGGGGAUCAUCGCCGAUCUAUUUACACGCUGUGGACAUUCCUGUCGUGGGUCAAGAUGCUUGCCGGAACCAAUGGGGAGCUCAAAGAAUCACUGAUAACAUGGUUUGUGCUGGUGAACCUGGACGCGACUCGUGCAACAUGGACAGUGGCGGUCCACUCGUCACUGGAGGACGUCAGUUCGGUAUUGUAUCGUGGGGUUCUAGUCAGUGUGGCGGAGAAUUAGCUGGAGUAUACGCCAACAUUGGUGCAACCAGCAUUCGUAACUUUAUCGCUUCGAAUACUGGAGUGUAG